UUUCCCAUUUUCUUCCCUUACUGCAGAGCAAUAUUUGAGGUCACUGGGAGAACCAAAAUGACUUCCGGACUGCUCUCCGGUACUAUUUCAAAUACGUGGUUUAUAUACUUAGGUAUGUGUUUGCCACGUGCAUUCAUGAACAUGUAUUUUAUAUUUGGGGAUGUGGGUGGCGCUGUGGGUUAAACCACAGGGCCUAGGACUUGCUGAUCAGAAGGUUGGUGGUUCGAAUCCCCGCGACGGGGUGAGCUUCCGUUGUUUGGUCCCAGCUCCUGCCAACCUAGCAGUUCAAAAGCAUGUCAAAGUGCAAGUAGAUAAAUAGGUACCACUCUGGCAGGAAGGUAAACGGCGUUUCCGUGUGCUGCUCUGGUUCGCCAGAAGCGGCUCAGUCAUGCUGGCCACAUGACCCGGAAGCUGUAUGUCGGCUCCCUUGGCCAGUAAAGCGAGAAGAAUGCCGCAACCCCAGAGUCGGUCACGACUGGACCUAAUGGUCAGGGGUUUUCGGUUCAAAACCUGUUUUUUUUAUCUUGGUUAAUUAAGUUUUUUUGGGGGGGUGAAUUUCCUCCAGCUGCUUCUGUCACCUUGCCUCCCCCCAGGCUGGUCCUGCCAGGCCACGCCCCUUAUGCCCUUGUCUCGGCCAAUCAGCAUGAGGUAAGGGGGAGGGGAGGGGCAAACUCUGGUGCUCGUGAGAGUGUUGGCCGCCUGCGCCAAUCCAGGUGAGCCAUUGUGAAAGGAGGCGGGGAGAAGACAAUAGGUUGUGAAGGGGGGCAGUGGAAUGCGGGUAGAGGCAGGGCGGGGUUUAGAGGCGAGUGGUCCAGCCCACUGGGCAGGGCAAGACAGAGCUGGGAGGAGCCUCUGGCUUGACUGUUUUCACUGUGGCCAGCCAAAUACCCAAAGGGGAAACUUCCAAGCAGGACCCAAGCUCCCAAUAGAUUUAGGAAUGAGGACUGAAAUUUAAAUAGAAACACAACCCAUCACUCCACAUUAAGAAGGACUGAGAACUAAUACAAGGUUGUUACUUAUAAGGACCAGAGCUCUCUGCCAGCCCAGAGGAGCAGGUGGGAGCCGUCAAUGUUUGUUCUGACAGCGUGGAGGCUGCUGGAGAUGCGAAGCAGGUAGGGUGCGGUUUGAGUUCGGAUUCUGAGAAGUGCCCAGCAGGGCUCGUAGGGCAAUUAUAUUGGCUUGGAAGGGCAGGAGGUAAACACAAAUACAGUCAAGUGGUGAUACAAUUGAACGAGUGGUUUAUCCAGUCAUUAAAAAAAAAGAUAUUUCUCUUAGGUUGCUUUUGGUUCAGUAUUUUUCUUGUAAGUUAUCUGUUUGCAUGCGUUUCCAAGUGAACAAGGAGGAGCACCCCUCUUGCGGGCCGGCGACCCCACAGCAGCCCUCCCUCGCCAAUCAAAGCAUGGAAGUGCAAAAAAAAGAAGAAACCUCUUUGAUGGUCAGAUGAGCAGGACCAGCACUCUGCCCAGCCUAGAGAAGGAGGCGGGAGCUGUCAAUGUUUGUUCUUACAGCAUGGAGGCUGCUGGAGAUGCGAAACAGUUACCCGAAAUGGAUAUUGGCGACUCUGAAGUUGUGUGCAGGAGGACCCCAAAUGGGAAUAAUCCCCUCGCCCCCCAGAGAGACGCUGGCCCGGACAGCCCCCUGAGCUUAGACUACGAAGCCUGCGAGAGCGACACCUUGGGGGACUUCAGAGAUCUCAAGGAGUUCCCCAAAAUGGAUAUAUGCAACUCUGAGGUUGUGUGCAGGAGGACCCCAAAUGGGAAGAAUCCCCUCACCCCCCCAGAGAGACGCAGGCCCGGACAGCCCCCUGAGCUUAGACUACGAAGCCUACGAGAGCGACACCUUGGGGGACUCGGGACACCUCAAGUGGGUGGACAGGAAGAUUACCCCUCCUGCAGAUGGGCAGGGACCCCACGGCAGCCCUUCACCACCACCACCAGUGGCCAAUGUGAGCAAGAAGCGUACCCAGAAGAGGAAGCACCAAGGAUGCUCAGAGAAGGAGAAGGCCGCAGUAGGGGAAUUGAAGUCACAGCUGCAGAACCAGCUCUCUGUGCCCAGCCUAGAGGAGGCGGAAACUGUCAGUGUUUGUUCUUACAGCAUGGAGGCUGCUGGAGAUGCGAAACAGAUCGGGCUAGAGACGUAAAGCGGAAUAAAGAGUCCCCAGCGGGAGCCAUCUGCUUGGAGUCACACCUCAGUCAAGGAGACUCCCGGCACCCCACCAGAGCCCCACACGACCCCUCACACCUCGGUCUCUGUUCCCUUGUCUCCUGGGUCCGGAAGGUCUUCAGGAAAGCCCCACUGCCAUUGGCAUCGGUGCAACCUAGCCAGCAGCGGGGCUCAAGUGGGGAGCAGGCUUCUGGCCAGGUGGCUGAGAUGGUGGAUUGGCCAGCACCGCAGUCGCGUCCACCCACAGCCAAUGUGUCCCUGGCAUGUCGUGCUUCCAGGAGCAGCAGCAGCAUCACCACCCAGGAACCUGCAGAAAGAGCUCCCCUGGCAGGUGUCUUGGCCGGAGGAGGAGCCCUCAAGGAAAAGCAGGGCAGAGACUGCAGCGCCACAGAUUGCUCCAAGCGAGCAACUUGCUUCUGGAAGGACUGA